AUGUCUCAACGUCGUACCCGUCGUGUCGAGGCGGAAACAUCCCCGCCCACAAUCCUCUCCCCCCAAAGCCCUCGCAUCUCCAGCUCCUCCGCUUCUCCCCCCUCCGGUGUCAGCUCCUCUACCCGCGAGACCAGGGCUCAAUCCACUCGCAGCACAACCACCCCCGCCCCUAGAUAUCCCCCCGGCUCCCGUCCUAGCGAUUCUGCCUCUGGGAAACCUGAACUAAAACCGCUCCCGCCAAUGUUACUGCCGCCCUACAUGCUCUACAACGAGGGCAUGCUGGAACCCCGCCUGUUCGUUGGGCCGCCGAGAUCGCUGGAUCUUGCAAUUCGACAGCGUGUUUUCCAGAAUGCGACUUUCGAAGCCCAUCUCGAUGGCUGGAGGGCCACUGAUACCUCAUUGUUUCGAGCGGCCACACCUGGGCAGCUACAUGGCGGGGGCUAUAGGUCUUUGUCGCGUGAUCCGCACCUGUACUCGCAGGGCCCCGUCAGACAUCAUGAUGUGAACGUAGUCUCCCCGGGUGGGAUGCCGAGAGAUGAGGCCCGCCAUCCACCUGCAGUUACCUCGUAUCUGUGCCCUCAGAGAGGACAUGUCCGAUCGUUUCCGGAUGCGAGGUCCCCUGUCCGCGGCACGGUGGCGUCGAACAUGGCCUACGGUCCCCGCGGCGACCUACACCUCAAGAAAACUCAAGACAUUGAGGAUGGGGCAGGUACACAGACCACCAUCACCAACGAGAAUUUCCCGGCCGCGGUUAGCGACCGAUCUACCGAAGAAAACAAUGAGCGCAACUCAGAAACAGAGUCGGAAAUUAAUCCAGCUCAAGAAAAAACCAAGCUUUCUUCUCACCUCCUGAUCAUGACAGAAAAGACCGGAGGAAAUAUCAACCCCGUCAACCCCUUCGCCAUCGAAGCCAGCACCUCAGGUCCACCCGCCUCCGCCUCCGCCGGGCUUGACGACUCCGUCUCUCCUCGCACCGUCACUACUACUCCCCAUCCGCCAAUGCUCACGAAGACCAAGAACUCACCCCCGGACCUACCACCGCCACAAAAUGACUUUCAGGCGCUCAUCGACUUGCCGCGGAGAGGUAUUCCGCAGGGAAGGCUUGCUACAGUGAAGCGCGAGGCUGGGGAGGAUGAGGGUGUUGGGCAGCAGGCUGGGCACGGGGAGUCUGUUGGGGAGGAUGAGGAUGAGGAUGAGAUGGAGGUGUGUUGA